AUGGCUUUUACUCCAACUAAUCUAACAGAUUGGAUUCGUUCCGAUAAAUAUCACAAUCAUUUUCUAAUUCCUCCUAAUGAUGCUCUUACUGCUGCAGUAAAAUUAAGCGAACAAAAUCAAUUUGCAUCUUAUGCAGUGAGUGAAGCUCAAGGUAAAUUUUUAAAUCUUGUGGCUAAAAGUAUUCAAGCUCGUCGUAUACUCGAAAUAGGAACUCUUGGAGGAUAUUCUACAAUUUGGUUAGCUAAUGCACUUCCUGAUGAUGGUGAACUUGUAACAUGUGAGAUUUCAGAAGAUUUUGCUAAAAUUGCUCAAAUAAAUAUUAAUAAUGCAGGAUUGAUGGAUAAAGUUAAAAUUAUAGUUGGUCCUGCAAUGACAACACUUCCCAAUAUCAAUCCGAAUGCUAGUUUUGAUCUUGCUUUUAUUGAUGCUGAUAAACAAUCGAAUGUUGAAUAUUUUAUUCAAGCUAAACGAUUAGUGAGAAAGAGAGGUGUUAUUAUCGUAGAUAAUGUUGUACGUAAUGGACGAGUAGCUGAUCCAAAACAAAAUGAUCCACAUAUAGAAGGUGUUCGUAAAUUGUUAGAAUAUAUUAAAAAUGAUUCAACAGUUGAAGCAACAACAUUGGGAACUGCUGGAGAAAAAGGUUAUGAUGGAUUUUUAUAUGCUGUUAAUAUGUCUUCGAUUAAUUAG